AUGAAAUUAGUCAGGUAUUUUGGAUCUCUAUCUUCCACAAAAGCUUUUAUGUAUAGCCCGCCUCCUGUUCCUCCUCCACCUAAAAAAUCUUAUAAAAUCCCAUCCCCUCACCCAAUUAGAAUGAAUGAAAAGAAAGCUGAAGUUGUUUCCUAUCGAAUCCCCAAUCGUCCAUUGACCGAGGUAUAUGAAGUUCCACUCGAAGCUAGAAUUGCUUUAUUUCCUUACUUUGAGGCCCCAGAAGACUCAAAAUCUAUAGAAAUCGCGGUUGUUGGAGCUCCAAAUGCAGGCAAAUCAACACUUAUCAAUAAAAUCCUUGGAGCUGAGAUUUUUGCGACAUCUAGAAAAGUAAACACAACAAUAGAUGCAAAGGAAGGGAUUAAAACAAUAGAUAACGUUCAGAUGGUAUUUCAUGACACUCCAGGAAUUAUUAGCACCCAUGGGAUCAGAACAAAUAGGAUUUCAACCCUCGGCUGGGAUUCAGUCUCUUCAUCAGACUUGACUCUGUUUUUAGUCGAUGCUGUAAAGGUGCUGCGUGAUGAUGUAAAAGCAGCUGCUUCAAGACUGCAAAGAUUGCUAGAAAAAAGAUCAGAAGAUAUUGAUAUACCAGAGCUGAGAUUGAUAGAUGAAUCAGAAGAUGCCUAUCAAGAAAGAAAAAGUCAGAUACUGAAAACCAUUCCAGCUUAUUUGGUUUUCACUAAAGUUGACUUAGUUCAAGAUAGAAGAAGAGUGAAAUAUAUAGAAAAUGAACUUCAUGAGUAUGCGAGAUUUGACAAAACAUUUUAUAUUUCAACUAAGGAAAAUUAUAAUGUUGGCACACUUGUUAAAGAUAUUAUGGAGUCUGCAGAGCCAGGAGACUGAACUUAUCAUCCAAUGCAGCUGACAACACUUUCUGAUAUUGAUAAAGUAAAUCAAUUAUUCAGAACAGAAAUGCUUGAGAUGUAUCAUGACAGGCUACCUUAUAUUUGGUACACAAGAGUAGUAGGCUGGACUCCAUACCUUGAUGGCACUUUAAGGAUAGAUACAGAACUCAUGGUCCAUAGCAAUAUUCAAGUUGGAAUGGCUGUUGGAAAGGCAGCUAGAUGUAUCAAAAAGCUGCAUUUCAAUGUAAAAUGCAGACUUGAAAAGCUAUACCAGCGACCCAUUUUUCUAACCAUAAAAGUCAAAAAGAUGAAAGAGUAUGUUAGCUGGGCCAUAAGACACAAUAGAGAAGUGAACCUUCUGCAUCCGAAAUUGCAAAUCUCUGAUGAAAUUUCAAAGAAGACUAUAAAAUUCUUAUUAUGCCCCUAUCAAUAGCAAACUUUUUUGGCCGUUAAUAAUAUGCUCUAAAAUUUGAAAAAAUAUAAAUAAUUCAUUUCGAAAUUAUUUAAAACUUCUGACGAGACAAAUGGUUUUCACAACUAAAAACAUAAAAUCCUACUAUUGGAGCCAAUUUUGCCUUUAAUUUUUUUUUAUUAUAGAUCAAUGAUGCUAAUUGAGAAAAUAAAAAUAAAUAAAGAAUUGUAUUAAAUAAUUUUUUUUAAGAAGCAUAUAUAAAAUUAAAAUAUUUUAUAAUAAAUUUUGUUUGUUAUUACAUAGAGGAGAGCUAGAAGAUCCAAACAAAGAAGACUAG